AUGUUAAUUGCAUUAAAAAAAGGUUUAUAAAAGUUAGAUCUAUUUGGCCAAACAAUAACCCUAAAUAUGAAUAGAAAUGACCUUUAUACAACAUCUUUUGGAGGAAUUUCUUCUAUUCUAAUAAUAUGCCUUUUAAGUCUAAUAUUUUCUUCUAAUAUCAUAUCAUUCUUUUAAAAACAAAAUAUCUACCAUGGAAGCGAAGUUGUUUUUUCAAAUGAUCCUGGACUUAUUGAAAUGAAUGAAAGGAAUUCAAUGAUUGCGAUUUCAAUAGAUUAAACUAAUUUUACUAUAACUCCAUACUUUGAUAUUUCGUUAGAACAAAGCAUACUUAGAAUAUAUGUUAGAAAUUUAAACGGUACAAUAGACAAAUAAACUAUAGAAAUUCCUUUACAACCAUGUACAUUAGAUCGUUUUAAUAAUAUUUUUUCAGAUGAAGGAAUAGAUUUCACAACUUAAUUCAAUUUCUAGGGAAUUGGAAAUAUGUUAUGCCCAAUAGAAAACUUUACUUAUCAUCUUGAAGGAACAUAUUCGAGCGAAGUCUUUAAAUUUUUAAAAAUCGUUGUAAAAAGCUGUAAGAGUUCUGAAAUAAUCAAUAAUAAUAUUUCGUGGAAUCCUACUUGUGCUUCUGACUUGGAUAGAUAAAAUUACUUAAAUGAAAACAGUCAAUUUAAAUUGUAAAUAAUUUAAAUUAAUACUGUAAUAAAUCCGUAAAAUUCUGAAAAUUACAAAACAAUUUUUAUUGAUAGCGACAUGUAUUUUCCCUUUGUUCCCCAUAAAUUGGCUAGAUUGGCUAAUAUAUUUUAUAGAAAUGUCAUAAUAAAUAAUGAUAAUAGUUUAUUACCAUUAGAAAAAAUAGAUAAAGAAGAAAUUAUAGUGAGGAAAGCAGAAGACUAUCGUGAUUUAACUGAAUUAGGAAGAGACACAGAUGAUAAUUAUGCAAUUGUAUAUUUAAGAAGAAGUCCUUUUACAGAAAUAGUAAGUAGAAGGUUCUAAAAGAUAGGAGAACUACUUUCUUACUUGGGUGGAUUUAUGUAAAUUAUGAAAGUUCUAUUUGGGUUUUUGAUAGCCUUUUAUAAUAGAACCUCAAUGCUUAUAGAGUUGGCAAACAAAUUAUAUGAUUUUAAAGAUGAAAAGGAUGUCAAAAAAUUAAAGACGAUUAACACUCUCUAAUAUAUAGAACAUAUCUCAUCUCCUGUUGACGUAUUUUAAAUAAAUGGAAAUUAAUAAAACCAAAAUCAAGAUCUCUCAAAUAUUGAGUGGAAGGAUUAUUUAGGUAAAUUGGUUUAAAAAUCUGAUCCUAUUAAAUUCAAUUUUAAGUUAUUAAUUAAUCAAUUAACAUUUGGAUUUUGUUUUAAAGAUAAAAAUUCUCAAUUUUUAGAAAAAGCUAUUGAAAAGAUAAACAAUGAAUUGGAUCUGCACACGAUAUUUUAUUAAUUACAUGAAAUAAGUAAACUAAAACAAGUUUUAUUAAGAAAAUCCUAGGUAAUUUUAUUUAACUUUUCUCCUAAACCUAUCAUCACUUUAGGCAUUGAUUAGGUUAUUCCUUCCAGGCUCAGUAUUAAGGAUAGCAAGAGAAUAUCUCACAUUUAGAAAUCUGAAGAGGAAUAUAUAAAUGAAGAACUGUUUUCUAAGUUAUAAUAAGCUUACAAAGAUAUCUUAAACGAAAUAAACCAGAAUCCUACCAACUUAUGUUAAACGAAUAUAAAUCUAAAGUUAACUCAGCUCAUUGGAUAGGAUAUUAUGAAAUUAAUCCAACCGUUCCAACAAAGAAGAAAUGCUUUCAAAUUAUUAGAUUCAAAUUUAAAUCAAGAAACAGAAUUAUGA